AUGCAACAGAUAUUUGAGACGACUAAUAAACUCCUCGAAUCAACACAUAUCGUCGAAAAGGAACUUUCAGAAGUUGACUCGUUAACUCUCACCGACGAACCUGUUGGCCUACGAAUGGACAUAGAAAGCAAGUUAUCGAAAAUAUCACAGACACUUCACAACCUGGAAGAAACUACAGACAGAGUUGACCAACUAGUCUUGUUAUUGCAAAAAUUCAAAGAACAUACCGUUACUCAGAAACUUCGCCUUGAAGCCGAGCACCACAACUUAAUCGAAAGAAACUCGAAAAUUUCAUUUGGUGAUUUGACGAAAUCGGAAGUCGAAGUGAAACAGCGCCUUCACCUCAUUGAGAAGUGGAAACCAUCGCCCACUCUUGAAAUUGUCUUCGACAGUGACAGAGACGACCCCAAAACCUUUUCUAACGUCAUAAUGGCGAUUGGCUCCUUUGGAAUUGUGUUCGAAGGAAACGGCGAGAACUGUUUUGGGGUCUUUGUGAAGAACAACAACAGAGCGCAGACCAUCUACGAUGCGAAGAUGAACAUCAUCUCUUUCAAAAACCAAAUUCCACAUUCAAAAGUGCCGAGGCGGUGGGGAAGAAGUGAAGACAAUAACGAGAUCCCCAAACUUCAGAUUAAGAAAGAUGGGAAUAUGAUGUAUUGUGGUGGAUGGGAUGACUAUUUGUCUGUUGGGCAAAUAGGUACAAACACAAGUUCGUGUUUCCUCGGCUCUGUAUUUGAAUGUCCAUCAUCUCGGUACUUUGUUGGCACUACGGACAACAAGUUUGUGAUUGAACGGGUUGUUGUUGUUGAGAUAAAGUGA